CAUUCUCUGCCCGCAGCCCCCCUUCAUCUCUCCCCUCCUGCUCCUUUUCUCCUCCUUUCUCCUCCCCCUCCCUUUUAUCCUCCCUCCCUCUCCCCCUUUCCCUCGCUCCCCUCCUCCCUCCCUCCCCGUCUUUCUUACCCCCUCCCUUUCUCUCGCUCUCUCACUCGUUCCCUAACAUUAAAGAGAAAAUGCUGCUAUCGGUGACUUCCAGGCCUGGGAUUUCGACUUUUGGCUACAAUAGAAACAACAAGAAGCCAUAUGUGUCAUUGGCUCAGCAGAUGGCACCACCUAGCCCAAGCAACAGUACACCUAACAGCAGUAGUGGAAGCAAUGGAAAUGACCAGCUGAGCAAAACCAACCUAUACAUCCGAGGAUUGCAGCCAGGCACUACUGACCAAGAUCUUGUCAAGCUGUGUCAGCCAUAUGGCAAGAUUGUUUCCACUAAGGCCAUACUGGACAAGACCACAAACAAAUGCAAAGGCUAUGGCUUUGUAGAUUUUGACAGCCCUUCAGCAGCACAGAAAGCUGUAACAGCACUGAAGGCCAGUGGUGUACAGGCACAGAUGGCAAAGCAACAGGAACAGGACCCCACAAAUUUAUACAUCUCAAACCUCCCACUGUCAAUGGAUGAGCAGGAACUGGAGGGGAUGCUGAAGCCCUUUGGCCAGGUUAUCUCCACCCGUAUCCUUCGAGAUACCAGUGGGACCAGCAGAGGUGUUGGUUUUGCAAGGAUGGAGUCCACAGAGAAGUGUGAAGCCAUCAUCACCCACUUUAAUGGAAAAUAUAUUAAGACACCCCCUGGAGUACCAGCCCCAUCUGAUCCCUUGCUUUGCAAAUUUGCUGAUGGGGGGCCAAAGAAACGACAGAACCAAGGAAAAUUUGUGCAAAAUGGACGGGCUUGGCCAAGGAAUGGAGACAUGGGCGGCAUGGCCUUGACCUAUGACCCCACAACAGCUCUUCAGAAUGGGUUUUACCCAGCCCCUUAUAACAUCACCCCCAACAGGAUGCUUGCUCAGUCUGCACUCUCCCCAUACCUUUCCUCUCCUGUGUCUUCAUAUCAGAGAGUGACUCAGACAUCUCCUCUACAAGUACCUAACCCAUCUUGGAUGCACCACCAUUCAUACCUCAUGCAGCCUUCAGGUUCAGUUCUGACACCAGGGAUGGACCAUCCCAUUUCUCUCCAGCCUGCCUCCAUGAUGGGACCCCUUACCCAGCAACUGGGCCACCUCUCCCUCAGCAGCACAGGCACGUAUAUGCCGACGGCUGCAGCUAUGCAAGGAGCUUACAUCUCCCAGUACACCCCUGUGCCUUCUUCCAGUGUUUCAGUCGAGGAGAGCAGCGGCCAACAGAACCAAGUGGCAGUGGACGCACCCUCAGAGCAUGGGGUCUAUUCUUUCCAGUUCAACAAGUAACAGUGGGAGAUUCCCCUCCCCAUCUUUACUGAAUAGAAAUGAAUUCUUGGAGAUACUCUUGCUCCCAGAUUCCAGAGGGUUAACCAGGAAUGGAGACCAUCCGUCGGCCCUGCUAAGGACUAACACUUAGCCAUCGUUUUUCACAGGCCUGGGCCUGGAAAAAGAAAGCUCUAUGUUCCUGCCCUUUGCUAUUUCUCCGUUGCUGAUGGAGCCUGGGGGAACUAUCACUUUUCUUGUGUGCUACAUUCAAGGAGAUCAAAAAAACUUUUUUUCUUUUGCAAAGAAAGCUUUUUGUUUUUAACUGCAACGUACUUUUCUCCUACCCUAAAGAGACAUGGUGGUUGUAGCUUCUCAUCGAUAUGAAAAAGUUUUUGAUAUAUUGGAAUUAUUUGGGAAUGCUUUUAAAAUAAUUUGUAAUUAUUUCUUUACAAACCAAAACAGAACAGAAAGAUGUGGUGCUAGAACAUUGAUGAAGGAGCUCUACUUACUGAGCUUAGUUCUGGACUUUUUUGAUGUGUGUCUAUGUGUUUUUAAAAAAUUUGUUUGGUAAAGCUCUCAGCUCACACACCCCAUCUCCUCUUCACCCAUAUUAUGCCUUCUUUCUCUAGUCCAGAUUCUUCUUUUUCUCUUUUCUAAACAGCUGAGCCUGCCCAUUUUGCCCUCUUACAGCUUUUAAUUUUAUGGAUUUUUAAAAAUGACAAUUCAUGUGGAAUUUGGGGUUGGGGGGCAGGCUGGGCAAGGAAUAAGGUAGAACACUAAGUAGGCCAUGGAAGUGGCUGUUCUUUCCCUCACCCUACCACACCCUGGGAGAAAAAACUAGACUUUGGCUUCAGAAAGCACAGAUGUGACCCAGGCUUCCUAAAGAGACAAUUCCACAGCCCUGGGAACACACCCUUGAGCCAAAUUUGAAGACUAGGUCUUCCCUGGCAAGUUCCGGAAGAAUGGACUUACUGACUUUUACCAACUCUUCUCACUGCCAAGGCCAACAGCAUCUGAGGAAGUAUCUUUUCCAGCUACAGCUUUUUGGGAGUACCUGCUUUCCUGCUUCCUGGAGGAUAUUUUCUGUCCUGGGCUUCAUGGCCCCUCUCUUCCCUGUUGCACGUUGCUAUGCUCAGAGCCUUUGCAGCUGUGACCUAGUUGAAUCCACAUGGGCUCCUUCCACACUGUGGAAGAUCUGCUGCUUCACCCACAGACCAGAGGUUCUCAACCAGAGGUGAUUUUGUCCUUCCCAGGCCUUUGGCAACAUCUAGAGACAAUUUCGAUUGCCAUGCCUGGAGGUGGGAUGUGUGUGCUACUGGCAUCUAGUGGCUGGAAACCAGGGUUGCUGCUAAACAUCCUACACUGCAUAGUAUAGUCCCCACUACCCCCAACUAAGAAUUAUCUGACUCUAGAGGUCAACAUUACCAAGAUUGGGAAACACUGAUAUAUCAGUGUUGUCCCUGCCUCCUGGGUUAGGGUAAAUUCUCACCCCAACCCUGGACAAACAGUGCCUUUUGACACUCAUGCAACUGUUUGAGAAGGACUGGACUGGAUCCUUGAAUUCUCCCCAGACUUUGACUUUUGAUAACUCUGCAUGUAGCAAGAGUGAUUCUUGAAAGAGUUGUGGCUCCAUGCUGAAUGUACACGUGUACUCGGAGGGAUUCAGGUGGGCACUGUUCUGGUGUGUGCUGUGCAAUGGUGGGAAAGGACAAAACUCUCUAAACUGUCCAGAGCAACUUGCCCUGCCCUGGUGUGCUUGGACCCUUUGCCCAGGGAACCGGGACAUGAGAAAUAAUGUUCCUUCUGUGGAAGGACAACAGAGAGCUAGGGUAGAAAAGAACAAUAAAUUCCAACUCUUUAUGAGGCCAGGAGUCCUUUAAAAAAGCCUAUGUCUUGGUCUUUAACUGUCCCCUUCUGCAAGUUGUGACUCUAUACACAUGGAGACAGAUGGAAGAAAGCCUUCACCCAUCUUCUAGGAAAUCAGAUCCUGCUCCUGUCUUCUCCCAGUCACUCCCUUAUGCACUGAAAGGAGAAUUUCACUGCCCUGCACUUCAAGGCCAGGUGCCUCUCCACCAGACAGUCAAAGGCAAAUGAUGGAGGAUAGAGAGACAGGUGUUCACUACGCUGGCCAUAGGGAGAGGAAGGGGCUGACAGCUGAGGAAAAGAAACUGUAGUAUCAGUUGUUCCAAGUAGAACUUGGCCCAGCUUUCCCUCCCUUCCCAGACACCCCAGAAUUGAGAGUCCCAGUGCCCCCUAGUGUCGACUUUCUAUAUACAUCCUAGGGGUGGGGGAGUGCGGGGCAAUGGGUAGGAUAUAGAGUGUAAAGGACAAACUGCCGCAGUCUUUACCCCGUGUAAAAUAGCCCCAAGCCCAGCAGCCUUCUAGAGGGCUUUGGCUGGGCAGAUAGCUUUUGGUUUUGAGUCUCCAGCCCUCAGUCAAGGAAAAUAUACCAUAGCUGCUUUCUUGUCAGUGGUCUUUGAGAGAAAGAGAAAACAAAUCUAGAAUUCUGUUCAUUUGAUAGACCAGGGGAGCUUUGCUAUGGUAGGAAGUUUAGAAAGGGCCUUUCAUGCAUAGAAACCAUGGUUGAUAUUGCUGCUCCCCUCUCCUCUGCCUCACAGAACUCCUGAUUCUGUCUUCUUUCUCUCUCUCUAUUUUUUUAAAGGUUUAAAUGGCUCUAA